AUGACUCUUGUACAAAAGAAAAUAUAUUUAUUGAGAUUAUUUGAAUCAAAUUUAACAUCAACCACACCAAACAGUAAAGAAGAAAAACGUAUUUUAGAAAGACAGGUAAUUCGUCAUUUAUCAACAGAACAACAACUUUACAUCCAAAAUAGGAAAGAAAAGGAACUUUUAACUAUGGGGGAAAAAAUUCAAUCUGCAUUAAAUCGAAUACAAAAUCCGGAUAAUUGUUCUAAUUCACGUAUUCUUGUAUGUAAGGUUAAACCAUUUCUUCCAAUACCACUGUAUGCUGAACCUGGGCAGCCUGAUAGAAUAGUAUUUUUGGAUAGACGUUGGGACAUGUGCAGGGUAAUGAAAAAAGAAUUACCUCAUGCACCAGAAGUAGCACCAUCUGAGAUUAAAGAUUUUCUUUUGGAAAAUCAUCCAAACCCUCCACUUUGGUUUCUAGGACAAGAAUGGGUAGAUUUUUGGUAUGAUGUUAUGGUUGGACCUAAACAAAGUCUAGAUAAUGACCAAUUAGUAAAUUCAAACUGUACAAAUAAACGAAAGCUUUUUAUUGCAACGGACGAACCAAACUCUGUUUUAGAAGAAGCUAAUAGAAAAUGGGGAAAUAAAUACAAAAUUUAUCACGGCAAACAGGAUUUACAAUGUAAGAGAUAA